AGCAGAGCUGCAGUGGAGACAAGUCUCUGUGUUUCUCUCUACACAAACAUUCAACUGAAUCCAGCAGGUUUUCAUCAACAACAAACUCUGGUGAGUUCACCGACCUACAGAGACAACAGGAAACUGAAGAUUCCGUCAUAAGAGUGUCGAUAUGUCUGCUGCCAGCUGUCUGCUGACUGAAGAUCAGUUUCUGUGCUCCAUCUGUCUGGAUGUGUUCACUGAUCCAGUCGCCAUACCAUGUGGACACAACUUCUGUAAAACCUGCAUCACUGAACACUGGGAUAUUAAUGUCCAGUGUCAGUGUCCAAACUGUAAAGAGGUUUUUGAUCCAAGACCUCAACUUCGAGUCAACACUUUCAUCUCUGAGAUGGCUGCUCAGUUCAGACAGUCAGCUCAACAGAAAGCCAGCAGCAGCAGCUCAGAGCAGCAAGUUUCCAAACCAGGAGAAGUUCCCUGUGACGUCUGCACUGGAACCAAACUGAAGGCCCUGAAGUCCUGCCUGGUUUGUUUGUUCUCGUACUGUGAGACUCACCUGGAGCCUCAUCUGACAAUGUCACGCCUGAAGAAACAUCAGCUGAUCGACCCUGUGGAGAACCUGGAAGGCAGGAUGUGUCUGAAGCACGAUAAACUGCUGGAGCUGUUCUGUAAGACCGACCAGAUGUGUAUCUGCAUGCUCUGCCCCUAUUCAGACCACAAGACACAUGAUGUUGUUCCUCUGAGAGAAGGAUAUGAAGGAAAGAAGGCUGAGCUUGAGGCUGAAAUUCAGCAGAUGAUCCAGAAGACACAACUGAAGAUUAAGGAGAUCAAACACUCAGUGGAGCUCAGUGAGGAAGAUGCAGACAGAGAGAUAGCAGAUGGUGUUCAGGUCUUCACCGCUCUGAAGGAGUCUGUUGAGAGAAGCCAGGCCGAGUUCAUCGACAUGAUCAAAGAGAAGCAGAGAAAGACAGAGAAACAGGCUGAAGGCUUCAUCAAAGAGCUGGAACAGGAAAUCUCUGAGCUGAAGAAGAGGAGCACUGAGGUGGAGCAGCUCUCACGUUCUGAAGACCACCUCCACCUCCUCCAAAGCUUCAUGUCCCUGAACGCUGCUCCACCCACCAAGGACUGGACAGAGGUCAGCGUCCGUCCACCUUCAUAUGAGGAGACUAUGAAAAGAGCUGUGACUGAACUGGAGGAGACGAUAAGUAAACAGACGGAGAAGCUGUUGGCUAAGGCCAAGCUGAAGCGGAUCCAGCAGUAUGCAGUGGAUGUGACACUCGAUCCUGAUACAGCACAUCCCAACCUCAUCCUGUUUCGUGAUGGAAAACAAGUCAGACUUGGUUAUGUAAAGAAGAAUCUCCCAGACAAACCAGAGAGAUUUGAUACUUGUCCUAAUGUCUUAGCAAAGCAGAGCUGCUCAUCAGGAAGAUUUUAUUAUGAGGUGCAGGUUAAAAGGAAAACUAAGUGGCAUUUAGGAGUGGCCAGAGAGUCGAUAAACAGGAAAGGAUCAAUCACAGCAAACCCUGAGAAUGGUUUCUGGACAAUAUCUUUGAGGACUGACAACAGGUACUAUGCUCGUGCUGGCCCUGAUAUCCGUCUGUCUCUGGAGUCUCAGCCUGAGAAGGUGGGGGUGUUUGUGGAUUAUGAAGAGGGUCUGGUCUCCUUUUAUGAUGUUGAUGCUGCAGCUCUUAUCUACUCCUUUACUGGCUGCUCCUUCACUGAGAAACUCUACCCAUUCUUCUGUCCCCGUCUUAAUGAUGGUAAAAACUCUGCCCCUCUGAUCAUCUCUCCUGUCAAUCAUGAGUAAAACGACCACUUGAUUUUCUAUAGACUGAGAAACACUUAAAUCCCCCCUCCAGCCAGUGUUACUUCUUGUUGUUGCUGUGUUAACCUUCUUUUGUAAACAGAGAAUGGGGGUCUGUUCAAUAGUCAGAUGUAACAUUAAUCCAUUUCCAUAACAACAAGACUGCAGCUACAGUCGAUUGGAAAACAGCAAUAUGGCACUUAGGUUGAUGAGUUUCCUGUUUAUCAGACCACAGAUUAGAUAACUGGCACAACAUGGCGACUGUCUCUCUCACUCGCUGUCUUCUUCUUUGUUGGUUGUUGUUGUGAUGAAGCGCCGUGUGGCUGCUGCCAGACGGGAGAGCCGCACAUCUGCGUGUAGACCACAGUCCACCGCAGGAAGGAUGGACAUGUUGGGGAGGUCCAUUGUUUGAAAUGGAUUUGUGGGACAUUUUGGAGGUGUACUGUACACCAGCAUCAGCUGCUCUUGACUCAGCUCAGCACCGACACCGCCCCAGGCAGCACUGCGAUUCAUAUAAUAUUCUUAUUAUUCUAAUGGGACUUUUAACUAAAAGUUGUGUGCUUCACAGCGAUCUGACCUGUUAAGCUCCACUGAGCAGUUCGGUUCAGUUCAGUUCAGUAGUUUCCGUUUCCACAGUGUAAAGUUGUGGAUGGUCCCAACAGAAGCGUUCCUUAGCGUCCCCAUGUUUGGUCCCCCCUCUGUUGGGGUACCUAGCACACAGAUCUGGUACUAAAAGGUGGAGCUGUGAACACUGCAGUCUGAUUGGUCAGUAGAGGACGCUCACUCUGCUCAGGGCUGAGUUGUGUCUGGUUUUGAGGCUCAUGUAACCACUGUUCAUACUGUGGAGAGUUUUAUUAGUAAACUGUAACUAUAAAAUGAAAGGAUGUUUUGCUGCCUCUCACAGCAGCUGGAGUCUGAGAAAUAAUAACUUCAUUCACUGGGCCGACUGCCGGCAACUUUUAAGGUGGAACGUUAACUUGUAAUGUUACUCAAUGCAUGAGUUGAUGACGUGAAUCCAUCAGCACACCUUAAAUUUCACUGUGACAACUUUGACCAUCACUUUAGUUUUUAUAUGACACACACUUUUAGUAAUGAGUGGAUCUUCAAGAGUUUAUAUAUAUUAAUUUCGGCUGGAUUAUGUGAACAACAUAUAUUCUAAUCCUCACUCAGAGAAAGAUAAGCGUUGCAGAGCAACUAUAACUACGGCUGUGAUGCUACAGUUAUGGUUAAUACAAGAUAAGUUGACGAGUUAGCUCACAACGAUGUUUAUAACAGUGCAUUUACAAAGGCUCCGACAGUGACUGUCGGAGCCUCUUGACUUGAGGUUGGCAGCGGAUUGUGCGGAUUGCAGCUUCUAUUGUAGUCAUAUGUCAUUUUCCCGUUUUAGCAACAACCUUCUAUUUUUAACUUUGGCACAGUAUUAUUUGUCAAAAAAUAUUUGACGAACAGUGUCGCUAAUCAACAUUGUCAGGACAUGACUCAGAAAAAUAUGACUCAGAACAGAAUUUCUCUUUAAUACAGUUGAGACUUUUGGAAUAUGUUCAUAUGAUUGUUUGUUUUUGUGAAAGAUCUUUGGUGAGUUUUCUGCACAUUCCUAAAUCCAUUAAACAAGACUUGAGAUAACAUGACACACUAACAAGAUGCUUUGGUGGCUUUUUAUGUCUCUGUGCUGGUGACAGCUGUCAGAGGCAUUAUGUUUUAAGGUUUUGUCAAGGUCACUGUGACCUCACAAAAUAUGUUUUUGCCAUAACUGAAGAAUUCAUACACUAAUUACGAAAAAACUUGACACAAAUGUCUAACAGGAUAAAACAAUGAAGGUCAAAAGGUCAAAGGUCAGCAUGACUGUGACAUCAUCAUGUUUUAACGUCAUAUCUCAGGAACAGAAGGGGAGACAUUUGGUCAGAUACUGAAUUGGUGACUCUAAUCUUGAAACUGUGCUGAUUGUAUAGAUCUUCUGUGUGUGAAGCAUCCAUGUUUUCACUGACAUGGAUUUAAACUGUCAGAGAGACGUGACCAGUGUGUGGAGGCGUACAGUCGUGGGGCGGUAAUUCUAGUUGUUUCCUGUGUCCAAGUGUUUUUUGUGCGUUUUCAGUCUGUUCAUCAAAACAACCUUUCUCGUGCUCUGAUACUUAAAAAGACACUAUUUUUCUCUUUUCAAUAUAAAGCAAAUGAAAUGUUGUAAAAUAAGAUAUGAAUAAUUAAGACAAAUGAACAGAUGAGUUACGGUUUGAAAUUUGGACACUUUUAGUUCAGUUGUCAUUGAGUAUAUCUAUGUGAACAUUAAAAUAUCCUCAUUUUGAUCUUAUUUAGGAUAUCAUGUUUCCAUGGAACAUUAGAGACCUGAUCUUCCAGCUCCUACACAUGAUCAGGAAACUUGGAUCAAUAAAAAAACACAUCCUUCACCUUUAUAUAAUAUUUGAAAAAUAUUUGCUGCACGCAUUUGUUUCCAGUUGAUAUAUUUUAUACAACAAUUUCAAUAUGAUAUUUGCAAAAAGUUGCCAAUAUUCAUUUGGCUAAUGUUAAGCUUUGAUCACUGAUGUAUAAAAAUUGUUGGAUUGUGGUGCAGUUAUUGAGGGAAAAUGUCUGAAUGAGAAAGUAAUCACACUUUUUAAAUCAAUAAACAACAUAAAAA